AUAUUGUCGAGAAAGAACCAUUUGGAUGAUGAAAUCUACAACGAGCUUGUUGAGAGAGCGAGGAAUGAGGGGUAUGAUGUGAGCAAACUCCACAAGACUCCACAGACUAAUCCUCCACCUGAGGAAGAAGGUCCUGAGGACACCAAAGGCGUAUGGUGGAUCAAGUCCCUUCUGGGAAGGUGAAGGAGUGUUUCACAUCGUUAUCAUUAAAAGUCGUGAAUCGGAGCAAUUCGUUUUGGAUCUCUGUAUUUUACAUAUGUCGGCAUCGUAUGGUGUUUGAUGCUCUGAUACUGUUCGGUGAGAAUCCCAUGUUUGAAUACUUUGCGGAGGUUUCCAUUUUGCUUUCACUUUUACUUUUACUUUGUUGAAUUUUCUGGCUAAGCUAUAUUUUACUAUAUAUGUUGGCUUGUCAUAUAAAUUUCAUAUAUUUUAGUAUUUUACUAUAUAGGUUAGUUCUUAUUGUCAACUACUACCGAUAACCCAAUAUCUGGAUUGAUUUUCUUAUAUUUUAGUAUUUUAUUAUACAGGAGGGUUUGUGUAGUUCAA